AUGUCGCCGUCCGAAGAACCUUCAGACCCCAAUCCAAAACGCGUGGUAAUCGGCAUCUACGGUGUCUCCGGCUGCGGCAAGUCUUUCUUGCUCAACCAGCUGCGAAACAAGCUCAACAAAGACCUCUACUCGUUCCACGAAGGGUCAGAAGUGAUUGCCUCGCUGGUCCCAGGCGGCCUUGAAGAAUUCCAACAAGCCGAUCCCCAAACCAAGGAAAUGUGGCGUCGCCGGGCCAUGGAGAGCAUUGCAAAUGACAACCAACCUGGCCAAUCCGGCCAAUAUCAAACUGCUGUUGUUGCCGGCCACUUCAUGUUCUGGCCCAACGAAGCGGACCCAGCCGGGGAGGUAGUGUUCACGGAUGCCGACGCGGCCACGUACACGCACAUCCUCUACCUGGACAUACCCCUCCAGGUCAUCUUCGACCGCAGACAAAAGGAUUCCGCCCGCGCCCGCCCGCCCGUGUCAGUCGAACACCUGCACAAAUGGCAGCUGGCCGAAAAGACCGAACUACGACGUGUCUGCGCCGAGAAGGGUAUCCUCUUCGCAUCGCUGUCCACAUGCAACCCGGUGGUCUUGUCGGUCAGAGCGGCGGCGAUGCUGGCUGAUUUCCGCUGUCACACGGAAGAGUCCAAUCUCUCGUGGACGAAGACCAGGUUGGAUACCAUUCUCACCAGUCAUUAUGAGGUGGAGAAGCUCCAGACGGUGCUGGUCUUGGACGCAGACCGGACCCUGGCUCCUGACGACACGGGGGCGGCGUUUUGGAAGGCUGUUUAUAAGGAAUCCAACCCUUUGAAAGCCCUCUUUGGUGGUCCGUUGAGGUAUUCUUAUACUGCCUUCAGGCAGGCCACGCUCUUGUACGAGGAACAGGCCGAUGAACAGAAUUACAAUGCCAUCUGCGAGCGGAUUGCAUCCUCGGUACGCUUGUACCCGGAGAUGGUGUCCAUGCUCAAGCACGUCGGGGAGCAUGACCAUGUCGCUGCCGUGGUUGUGACCUGCGGGCUGCGCCGGGUUUGGGAGCUUGUCUUGGCCAGAGAAGGUUUGAGCAAAGUGAGGGUUGUUGGUGGAGGACGCCUCGCCGACGGGUUUGUCGUAACGGCGGAUGUCAAGGCUGAGGUUGUCAGACUCUUGAAGUCCAAGUACAAUCUCUACACGUGGGUGUUUGGCGACGGGCCACUUGACCUACCCAUGCUGCAGGAAGCUCACAAAGCGAUCGUUGUGGUGGGAGAGGAGCAAGCCCGGAGCAAGACCAUGGACGCUCUCCUGUCAGACGCCGUCGACAAGCACGGGCUCUGCGCGCACCAGGUGCUGCUUCCGCAGAAUGUAACUCCCCGACUGGACAAGCAGAGACUUCCAUUGUUGCAGCUCUCGGAUCCUCAAUUCCGUUACUCGCUGAUCCGAGAGCGUCGUCGUGUGGUGAUGCACGCAACUGAAUGCAACGGAGCCAAGAUCCUCGCCACGGCCACCCGCAAUGCGGCUGUUCAGGGCCCAGCGCUGAGAGACGCCCACCGUCGUGUGGGGUGGUACCUGGCAACCGAGUUCCUGGCUGACUUCCUCGGGGUCGAAGAGUAUAAUAUUCCGCAUGUUCAGGGGAAACCGACCACCGGCCACCGGGUUCUCUUUGAGAGGGUAACCACCAUCGUGGCGCUGAUGCGUGGCGGGGCACCCAUGGCUGAGGGAGUAAACGAUGUGUUGCCGCUUGCCAUGUUUGUUCAUGCCCAUCAGCCGGAGGACUUGAAGGCUGAUAAACACUUGGCGGGCCAGCGGACUGUGGUGCUCGUGGACUCGGUUGUGAACAAUGGCACGACUGUGGCCAAGUUUGUGCGGCACAUCCGCGGCCUUGACCCACGAAUUUGCAUCGUGGUUGUUGCUGGUGUUGUUCAGAAACAGUCAGUCUUGCCUGGCAAUGCCCUUGGCGAUAUGCUGGAGCGCGACAGAAACUUGAGCUUGAUCGCCCUCCGUCUCUCAGGGAAUAAGUUUACGGGUACUGGCUCGACUGACACGGGCAAUCGCCUGUUUAAUACCACUCUACUGGACUAG